AUGUCUGACCCGGUGGUCCUUCAGUCUGCGGUUCGAGUACCAACUCCUCCUCCAGGAGGGUCGUACUCCCAGCAACCAUCUGGCGUGCGCAAGCGAUCUCCUCCCUCUCGUUCGCCGUCGCCCAACCGCCGCAAAUCUCCCCCAAGCGGUCCUUCGGGCGAUGUCAGAGACUUGCCUUAUGUAGAUCCCGACCGUGCGUUGGAAAGGGAAAGACAACUUGCCGAAAGACUAAAGCAGCAAGAAAAACGAGAUGCUGCGCGAAAGCCCAUGACCGAGGAUGAGAAGCAGGCCGCGGCCAAAGCCGAAUACGAGAAGCUCCUCAAUAUGCGAUCAGGAGGAACGUAUAUUCCUCCGGCCCGCCUACGUGCGCUGCAGGCUCAGAUCACGGACAAAUCCAGCAAGGAAUAUCAACGAAUGUCUUGGGAGGCAUUGAAGAAGUCUAUCAACGGUCUGAUCAACAAAGUCAACGUCUCCAAUAUCAAGCACAUCGUACCCGAACUUUUCGGCGAGAAUCUAAUCCGCGGUCGAGGUCUAUUUUGUCGAAGCAUUAUGAAAGCACAGGCCGCGUCUUUGCCUUUUACGCCUAUAUACGCGGCAAUGGCAGCAAUUGUCAAUACGAAGCUUCCUCAGGUCGGAGAAUUAUUGCUCAAUCGCCUAAUUGUCCAAUUUCGCAAAGCGUUCAAGCGAAAUGAUAAAGCCGUCUGCAUCUCUUCGACUACUUUCAUUGCCCACUUGUGCAAUCAGCAAGUAGUCCACGAAAUGGUGGCGGCUCAGAUCCUCUUGCUUUUACUUCAUAAGCCUACAGACGACAGCGUUGAAAUUGCAGUCGGGUUGACCCGUGAAGUAGGACAGCAUCUGGAAGAGAUGAGUGGGCCUAUUGCAUUGGCGGUGUUCGACCAGUUCAGGAAUAUUCUCCAUGAAGCCGAUAUCGAUAAGCGAGUGCAAUAUAUGAUUGAAGUUUUGUUCCAGGUCCGAAAAGACCGAUUCAAAGACAACCCGGCAAUUCGUGAGGAGCUCGACUUGGUUGAGGAGGAAGAUCAGAUAACGCAUCGCGUAGGCUUGGAUGAUGAGAUUGAGACACAGGAUGCACUCAAUGUUUUCAAGUUUGAUCCGGAGUGGCAGGAGCAUGAAGAUGCUUAUAAGAAGUUGAAGGCAGAGAUUCUGGGCGAGGGAAGUGACUACGAAAGCGACGAAGAUGAUGAUGAAAGCGACGAGGACGAAGAAGCCGAGGAGGAGCAGCUGGAGAUUCAAGACCAAAGCAAUACGGAUCUUGUUAAUCUGCGACGUACAAUCUACUUGACGAUCAUGUCAAGUAUGGACUUUGAAGAAUGUUGUCACAAAUUGAUGAAAAUCUCUCUCCCUCCCGGCAAGGAACCCGAGUUGCCGUCGAUGAUUAUUGAGUGCUGUUCUCAAGAGCGUACAUACUCAAAGUUUUACGGAUUGAUUGGGGAGCGAUUUGCCAAAUUGAAUCGGCUCUGGUCUGACUUAUUCGAGGAGUCGUUUGCCAAAUACUACGAAACCAUUCACCGUUACGAAACAAACAGACUGCGCAAUAUUGCUCGAUUUUUUGGUCAUGCUCUAAGCAACGAUGCUAUCGGCUGGCAUGUGCUAUCUUUGAUUCACCUAAACGAGGAAGAGACGACAUCUAGCAGCCGUAUUUUUAUAAAGAUUUUGUUCCAAGACCUCGCUGAGCAUAUGGGGCUCCCUAAAUUGAGGGAACGUCUUACAGACCCCGUGCUUCGACCUAGCUUUGACGGACUGUUCCCGCUGGAUAACCCUCGCAACACUCGAUUCUCAAUCAACUACUUUACCAGUAUCGGUAUGGCUAUUCUUCCUACACGGGCUCUUCUCGAUCGUACUCGCGCUCGCGCUCACCACGCCCACGUGGCGAUCGUGCAUCCAGCCGCGGACGAUCAUACACAAGGUCUCCUUCGCGUCCCCCUUCCCGAUCUCCUUCUCGAUCUCCUUCUCGCUCGUCUGUCCGUAAUGAUAGAGGGCGUGGUCGGCGUCGAUCUUAUACACCAUCACGUUCACGUUCACGCUCGCGCUCGCGCUCGUUGUCAUACUCGAGAUCGCCUUCACCUCCUCGCACACGUGGUAGACGUGAGCGAUCGUAUACAAAAUCACCUUCACGAUCCCGGUCCGUUUCGUAUUCUCGCUCACCAUCCCCUCCACCGCGUCGAGGUGGAGACCGAGGCGCCGUUCGACGACGCUCCUACAGUCGGUCUCGCUCACGCUCCCGAUCAGUCUCCUACACUCCACCGCCACGAAACCGUCGGAGAUGAAACAAUUGAAAGAUUGGUUUGGUUGUAG